AUGUCCCUCUUCGUCGGCUCAAUUCCCACGGCAGCAAUUACCACUGACUCAGGGCGGAGCGACAUACUACCAACCUACGAAGACAUCAGGAAAGCCCAUCAGCCCAUUGGCCCGACUCGCGAUGCCCAGCGCCUUCAAUGGACUCUCGAAGGCCCUCUGAGCAGCGCGAUUCGUGUCAUGGAAGACACCUAUUACACUUCCCAGACCCCUUCGGCGCCCUAUUUCGACAAGGCGACUGCAACCUGGUCUCCAGUAUCUCAAUCCGCGCUCACCGAACCCAAGAUCUCGUCCGUCAAUGUGUGUGUUGAACAGCUCCAGGAAUGGGAAACUCAGUGGCUCGAGUUCCACUUUGAUCAUACGGAGGCCGGCGAUCACAACGAAGGUAAUGAUGAAGUUCGCUAUGGAAUGCUUCCCGACUUCGACCCAGAAACGGAUGAAGAUGAAGAAAGUCAUGAACACCUUCUAAGGUGCUGUGGCGGAGAGCGGCCUCGGGGCAAGGCCGUCUCUCUGUUGGUCAAGGCCACUGGAGAGUUUCUGACGAUUCACGACUACGUCUCGGCAGUUCAUCCCUGGCUAAUGAGUCUGCGCGAGGACCUGUUACAAGCUGCGGGUGACCUAUUGGAUAACAUCCCGUUGCCGUCGGAUGCCAAACUGAUGGUUAAUUUUCUUGGGAAUCAUGUAUGGGUGAUAGAAGAGUGGGAGUGGCGAAAAAUGAACGGUAAAGAGGGACACUUAAGGCUUGCUAAAGUUCUUGAUUACAAGAGUAAAUCUAACGAAAACUUUUAUUGUUAG